AAAAAAUAUAGAAGAUAUCGAAAAAAUCGAUGAUGAUGACAGAGGCAUCCCUAUACCCAAGGAAUUAUCACCACUAUUGUAUACAGAUCGCAUUGUUACUAAUUCCUUUAUGGUUGUAGGGAUGAGAUUUCGUGGUGGCCAUAAGUUUAAGAAACCAGAUAUCAUUACUCUUGAACUGGAGCCUUCUAAUACAUAUGAUAAGAAUGCGAUAAAAGUUAUGGUAGAUGGCAUUCAUAAAGCCUAUGUGGCAAAGAAUGAGAAUGUGAGUAUAGGAGAUUUGAUGAAAAAAUACCCGAAUUAUCGAAUCACCGCUCAUGGGAAAAAGAACUAUAAUCAAUUAGCAUCUUUGAAUCUUGAAUAUCCUUGGAUGUUAUUUAUAUACAGAAAAAAAAAAGCAUCUAAGAUUAUUGAUAAACAUUUGCGAGAUCGAGAUUUUGUAGUAUUCGAUUUUACUAAAGCGGUGGACGAUCCUUUAAGUGUACGUCUUGGUUGGGAUUCACCUCUGAAAUUGGAUGAAUAG